CUGAGCAUGGCAAGUAGGUCACUAUCUUCAUUGCUUGGUAGCUCAGAUGAGACAUUUAAUGGCACGAAGUUAAUGCGGCUGAUUUUGGAUGGUGGAACUGAAGCGUUGAGAAAUGCCUUUCAGAAAACUCACCCUGGAAAUUUACAGGUUGUAUUAUCCUGUACAUGUAGUUCGACUACAUAUGCAUCUUCUACAUGUAAUCACCACAUUCUUUCAAACCUCAAAAGUCGCAAAAUAAUCAAUCAAAACCAGUGGGGUAAAUUAUACCCUGCCCCUCCCAACCAUCCAAAUAUUAAGGAUUUUGACAUAACUUUGCUAUCUGUUCUUUUAAGAAGCAUAUGUAGUUUAUCACCACCAUGUUCCGGUUGGGACAAAAUGCCGAAUAUUACAGAUCAUUCUGUUGAAGCCGAUAUCAUUCGUAUAAGGUUAUUUCGUAAUGAGCGUUUUGGCCACAUCCCCAAUACAGCAGUUAGUACUGCAGAUUUUAAGAUUUUCUGGGUAGAAAUAAGUUUACCAUUAGUUCGCUUAGGGAUAGACCAAAAGGAAAUAGAUAGGCUAGAAAAGAAGAAAUGUGUGGAAGAAGAAGUGGAACGGAUUUUCAAAGGAUGGAAUAAGAAAGUUAUGAACGUCUUGAGUGAUAUUAAAGAUAAUGUGAAUGUUCUUGUUAAAAAAGACGAGGAACUCCGGUCGGACGGUGUACUAAAUAAGCAUCUUGUUUGGUGCGACUUUCAGAAAGAGAUCGAGUUGUACUUCGAAAAAUUUGUGAAGGGUACUCGAGAAUGGGUAUUUGAACAACUUUUAACUUGGUUUAAUGAUGAAACUUCUGAAAAUCGCGUGUUUGUCAUUUCUUCCGUUGCUGGCAUGGGUAAGUCUGUUAUCGCCGCUGUUAUCUGUAAACGAUUUGCUGAGCACGUAGGUGCAUCUCAUUUCUUUCAAUACAAUAACAGUCAAUACAACAAUCCAAAUUUCUUUCUGCAAUCUUUAGCUUUGCACUUAUGUAAAGUUGUUCCUGCAUACAAAGAAGCUCUUAUUGAGAAGCUUUCCGGUAAUCUCGGACAAUCAUUGAAUAAUAUGAAUAUCGAAGGGUUAUUUUCCGUUCUUUUUAAAGAACCAUUUUCAGGUAUUCCUGAUAAUAGAAAACGUAUAUUGGUUGUACUUGACGCUGUUGAUGAAAGUGAGUUCCUUGGUAAGCACGAGCUUGCUUUUUUGAUAUCUAAUCACUUGCAUAAACUUCCUUCUUACAUUCGUUUUGUGGUCACCACAAGACCAGAGAAAAAUCUACUAGAUAAGUUCAUAAAACUUAACCCUUUGUAUAUUGAUUCUAACGAUCAACGAAAUUUAAGUGACAUCAAACUGGUUUUAGAAGAGAGAAUUUCAUGUGCGAAUGCCUCCUUGAAAGGUUUUGUAGAUAAUUUGGCAGAAAAAUGUGAGGGUCUGAUGCUUUAUGCGUUUUUCCUUUGUGAAAUUUAUAAAAACGAAUCUGGCAUGCAUAGAAUAGACAGUUUGCCAAAAGGUGUUGAGGAGUAUUAUGAAAGCUGUUUUCGAAGACUAGAACGUGAUUUAAGUCUUUCGGAGGAUACAUUCGUGUCCUUUCUAAGUGUUCUUGCAGUUGCUGGCGAACCGUUGCCAGAGGCGUUUGUUGGAACCAUAUUUGACUUUCAGAAUUCCCCAGGAUCCAGGCAAAAGACAAGAAAAGCCAUCAAUUCUAUUUCAACUUUUCUUGUUGUCAACGAAGACAAAUCUAUUUCGUUCUUUCAUAAAUCAGUAAGAGACUGGCUUGUCGAUAACUCUGACCAUGAUUACUCUGUUGAUGUACAAUAUGGUCAUAAAACCCUUUUUGAUAUAUGUGUUAAAAUAUUGGAUGAGUUGAAGAAAAAUGGUGUCAGUAGUGAAAGUCCUGCUACUGCGGUCGUCAAGUAUGCCCUGAAACACUGCGUACCGCAUAUGCUGAAUGGAUUAGAUGAUACAGAGAAACUAGAAUACUUUGUAAGUUCCUACGUUACAGAUUUAGAAGUUGUGUUUGCCAGUGUUUGUGUCGAUAUUGAUCUUACUAUGAACAAUAUCACUACCUUUCUGAAUCAUGAGAUGCACAUACGUGUUUCUGAGAGAACGAGAACGGCGUUGAGCUGUUUGUUUUUUCUAAUCAGAAAGUAUGGCUGCUUUUUAAGAAAUCAUCCCCAAACUUUCUUGCAAAAUGUUGUUAACGAGGGUGGAGAUGAGCUUUCGUCUAAGGCUUCAACUUUGCUUGAAACGCAUUACAAGGAUUUUGUUUACCUAGAACUAAUUAACAAAGGUGGGAGAAAUCACAAAUUUGAAGCCCUCUGCUUUCUUUCUGGCACAAUAUCAGGUAUUGACGUAUCUCCUCACCACGACUACGUUGUCUGUAGUUAUGAACAGGGUGGGAUUGAACUUUUUUCGUUAAUAACCGGUACGUUAGAGUGGAGAAUGCAAGAUUUCCCGGUGAUACUUAAUGAUAGUCAUGAUGGUACGUGUAUGUUGCCACAUUGUAUUGUUUUUCAUCCUCGUGAAAAUGUAAUACUUCCUGGGAGACUCGACAAGAUGAUAACUUUGCUGGGAACUUAUACAACUGGGACAUUUCAAUAUGAUGAAGAUAGUUCUGUAUUUACAAACUGUUGUUUUUCUUUGGAUGCAAGCAGAAUGGCAACAUAUCAUGGUAGUAAAUUGUUUGUGUGGAACGUUUUAAGCGGUGCUAAGGAAAAAUACGUCCCAUGCAAAAUGCUGCACUCCCUUUCUUUUACUGCUAGUGGCAAUUUUUUGGGAACCACUGAUGCCGAAAACGUUUUAACCGUUUACGAUGUAACAAAUGAUUACAACAUUGAUUCUGCCAUAAUUGACAGUGAGUUCCCCGUUGAAAUCGUUUCCACUUUUGAGCAACAUUCGUGGUUCUGUUCUCUUGGUCCAAAUUUUUGCGUUCAAAAUUAUGACCUGUCCCAAUCGUCUGAGCUUCUUCUCCCUGUAGUUAACGCAGUUCUACCAAGUAAUGUUCACUCUUCUCAUGAUAUAGAACAUUUCUUGCAACAUCCAGAGCAGUCUUGGUUGUCAAAAAUAAUGAAAAAUCUCCAUGACAUGUUUGGAUGGUCCAGGAAUGAUGCAAUUAGAUACUUCUUAAUAGAUGUUAAAAGCGUUCUGGUUUUCUCAUCUACUUCAAGUUUCAUGUAUGUGUUUAGCAUAGAUGGUUUAAUAGAUACCGAGGAACAGGAACUUAGUAUGAAGAAAGAUAUCUUUUCCAACAUAUCUACAAAUGGCGAUUUUGUUUAUGUAAAUAAUGCGAUGAACAAAAGUUUUACUGUUCGCACACUUGAUUCAAAGUAUAAAUAUUCAAAACCUUAUCAACAGUCAGGUGAAUUCGAUUUUGUGGUUGUGAGAGACUGUGUUAUUCUGCACGGAGGCAAUGAUACUCCAGAGCUGUUUAAUAAUGAUUUAACACAAUGUUUGGCAAGAUUAGAUCAACUGACUGGCACGAGGAAAUUUCUGUAUGUGUCGGAUGAAGUAAUAGCUUGUGUUCAUGACGAAGGGUAUAUUAACUUUUUUAAUGUUUUUACCAGACAAAUAGUUUGCCAAAUGAUUUUUACUGAAGAUGUGUAUUCAGUAUACGCAUGUAGCAUUGAAUAUCUUGUAUUUGCACGGACGAAGUCUAGUGAAAUUUCUUUAUGGAAAGAUGGGGAAAAGGUACAUAGUAUUAGUUGGACUGAUGAUUUCGAUAAGGUUAGGUCAGGGAUUUGCACUUUUGAGGCUGAAUUUUCUCCCGAAGGAAGUAGAUUAGCAUUGUCUAGUGUGGAAAGUACCAAAAUAUACAUCUAUGAUGUUGUCGCAGAAAUUCUUUGUCCCAAGAUUAUUCCGAUAAGUGAUGGUUUUCUGUCAGGGUUGAAUUUUUUUGAUAACAAAAAGUUACUUUAUGGUUCAUCUAACCAUAUGUUAUACUUAAUUAACAUAGAAGAGGCUGAAGAGCGUGAUCAAAUUUUAACGUGUUUAGAUGUAGGUGAUAAUCCAGGCCCCAUUUCUGUAUGUCGUAAACGAAUGAUUGUUUGUGCUGGGCUCCAUUUUUCAGAAAAUUUUGAGCUAAUUAAAAUCUGCUUGGCUC